AUGGGUAUCCCAACUGCGGGCAUCAUCGUUAUCGUCAUUGUCGCCUGUCUGGCCGCGGUAUCGCUGGGCGCCGCCAUGUGGAAACAGGUCUAUCCCACCGACCAUUCUGCGCAUCGAUACAAUUAUUCUCGCGACCAGGAGCUCUAUAUGCGGUCGGUGCGGUUGAAAAACCUAGGGGGUCUUCGACAAGAGUCGCGCACGAAAGAACCACGACCGAGGGAUCUCGAAUCUGCGGUUUAUACGGAAGAUGGCUCGUCGCGGUUCUGA